AUGUCCAUAUGGGCGUGUAUUGCCGGGCAGUGCUGGGCAAAGUGCUCAAUCCCAAUCUCGGAGGAUUCGGAGAUGGAGGCCCAAGCUUGGACCAACGUGGAGGAUGUUGGUUUUGUGAACUUCCUCCUGGACAGCGGCAGCAGCGGGGCGCUCAUCACCGCCGAGCUCAGGGAGAGGCUGGGACUGAGCCCGUCAGAUGGCCAGGCGAAGAACAUACAUGAGGUCGAACACAGCCAGCAGGCGGGUAUUACAUUUGACGUGGCGGCGUCUAUGCAGCUGUGUAUGACGACACAGGACUUGGCGGCCUUUAUCGUUAUGGUCUUCGACCCAAUGAUCGACGGAUCCACGAUUCAUUUUCCGUACGACGGGCUUGCAGACGACGACUCGUCGGAUGAGGAAUGGCAGCAGCUCAUGGACGCCUUGGUAGGCGGCGGCUUGGGUGGCGGCGGCUUGGGUGGCGGCGGCUUGGGUGGCGGCGGCUUGGGUGGCGGCGGCUUGGGUGGCGGCGGCUUGGGUGGCGGCGGCUUGGGUGGCGGCGGCUUGGGUGGCGGCGGCUUGGGUGGCGGCGGCUUGGGUGGCGGCGGCUUGGGUGGCGGCGGCUUGGGUGGCGGCGGCUUGGGUGGCGGCGGCUUGGGUGGCGGCGGCUUGGGUGGCGGCGGCUUGGGUGGCGGCGGCUUGGGUGGCGGCGGCUUGGGUGGCGACGGCUUGGGCGGCGGCGGCUUGGGUGGCGGCGGCGCCUCCUCUGACCCUGUGAGUAGCCUCCGAGGCCCUGCGUCCUCUGUCUGA